UGAUAAGCCAGUAGCUAGAUAAACUGGACUCAACAGACAACGAGGGAAACAACGGAGAAACGUGUCUGAUAUUCAGGGCUGGGACGGAUAUAUUUAUACCGAGGUACCAGGCCUGUAUAUCACCCAGAGAUAACGGUAAACGGUAGUCCACUUAGCUGGGAAGCCUGUAUACAGACAAGUGGCUAUCUGGUCAGGGCCUGCCUGCAAUCACCAUGUUGGUCUCCGUACUUCUGUCCCUGGUCACUCUGGUCUUCUGUAAACCCCCACCGUACCUGAAGCAGAACAGCAUAUAUGACAAUCUGCCUUACCUUAUUGACAGGAUUCAGCUUCCGCCUGAUGAGGAAGUGACGAACUAUGACACGCUUCUCACUGAGAAGGACUGGCCAGGGAGCAGUCUAAAAUUCGGCCAGGUGGCAGGAGUGGACACGGACAAGGCUGGGGACGUUCAUGUGUUCCACAGAGCCGAGCGGGCAUGGACGGCUGAGUCAUUCGGCUAUGGGGACAUCUACCAGCAGAGGGACCUGGGUCCCAUCCAAGGGGACACUCUCCUGGUUCUGGACAAGGAAUCUGGCGCCGUGAAGAUCCGUUUCGGCAGCAACAAGUUUUAUAUGCCACACGGUUUGACGAUAGAUCACGAGGAGAACAUGUGGCUGACUGACGUGGCUUUGCAUCAGGUAUUUAAAUACCCCAAAGGUGCGAGUGAGGCCUCAUUUGUGUUAGGGAAGGAGUUUGAGCCUGGUCACGAUGACACACACUUCUGUAAGCCGACAGAUGUCGCUGUGGCCUCUAAUGGUGUCUUCUUCGUCGCUGAUGGCUAUUGCAACAGCCGAGUUAUGAAGUUCUCACCUUACGUCACUUUGUUAAGCAGUUCGGAAAAUUCCUGCCGCCUGACCUUGAUCGAGUCUCAGGAUCUUCUGUGUGUUGCAGACAGAGAACACGGAAGUACCGCUUUAUCAUUAUCAUUACUUCUUCUCACAGAAUCCAGUGUUUUCCGUGCUGGAUUGAGGAAUGCUAACGACACUGGGAACUUUGUCGUAUCCGUCUCUGAUCCAGAGAUGGCCAAAGUCUACGCCGUCGCCUACGAUCCCAAUGAGAACCUGAUGUAUGCUGUGAAUGGGGGCUUCUCCACGCCUCACGACCUGGCUGUCUCCCCUAACGGCAAGCACGUGUAUGUGGCAGAGAUCGGACCCAACAGGCUCUGGAAGCUGGACAGGGUCAAGCUAUAAACUGAAGACCUUUUUCUGACCAGCGGCGAUUCAAGUCCAAGUAGCCUGAUGAUUUGACCACCUAAAUCUCAUUGAUAACGAAAUACUUCACAACAAUGCAGGCCAUUGAGAACUGUUUGGACUUGAAAUGCUUUUGGCGCAAAAGGUUUUCCUUUCAAAUAACACGUGAAAUCUAUGUGGCUUUGUAAAUUAUCUGCGAGUUAACAUCGUCGUCCUGUUGCUAUUACAUACGAAACAUACGACAGACAGCCGUGCAGUAGUAAUACCAACUGUGCACUUCACUUUAGCUCGCAGUUGUAACUUUGACAUAACAAACUGUAUUGUGUGCACUACGGUGUCCGUGUUAAACAGGAAAUAUAGGGACAAAAUGUAUAACAGGGCAUAUUUCAUAGCUGAAACGCUUGUUGAUCAUAAAAAUAGUAUCUUAUCAACACCAUGGUUGUGAUACCUGGCGAAAAUGUUAUAUUUUAAGUGCUUUAAGCAGAAACGGAUUCAAUAUAUGUAAAGUGCAGUUCGCGUUCUGAAGAAAUGUUGUCUACCGCAUAAUUAUCGGAUGAAGUACAGAACCGAAAUUCAUUAAAUUCCACAUUGCUCUGAGUAUAUUUACCGUCGACCAAUCGCAUAGUUGGGUAUAAAUCAUGUUGCAUACUCGUACAUUUACAGCUAUUGUGAAACUAAUUAAUCCCAUCGUUGAAUGCUUUCUUGUCUUCUUCUCAAAUGUCUUCGAUAACCACCGUCGUAGAACUCAGGUAAUGUAAAAGACUAAACUAAUUACGUUUUGAUGUAUUUGAUCCACUGUCAUACAAAUGCCACCCUGUAUUAGUUUACACGGAAUUAUGCAGAAUUUUAUUCUUUUGUUAACCCACUGUGAAAAGUAACUAAUUUUUCAGGAAUUAUAACUGUGAAUAGUGCAGUGUUUUUAUUUAUUGGGAAUAAUAUUUCAAAGAUGUUAGUAUGAACGACAUAAUUGAGUGAGGAGUAAGAUUACAACACUGUUUUGAGUAUUAAAGAUGUAAACUUAUCUUAUCUCGAAGUGUUUCUUCAAACGUCUUGUUAAUAAUUGUUAUCAGUUUCACAGAAUUUGUCAGUUCUGUAUGAAGGGCCUAAGCUACUUAUAGAUUUUACGGAUUUGUUAUUUUCCGAUGUAUAGGUUGACAGACUUGCAUUAAAGGGAGAUAUUUUAUUGUGAA